GCUGCUGAACUCUUCCGUCCCCCACGGCAGCAGCACGACCUUUACGAUGUUCAUCAAAGCCCUCCUUGCAUUGGGAGUCGUGUGCGCAAGCGUCAGCGCGCAGGACGAGAAAUGGCCCUUUGACGUUACGACUCUAACGGCGCCUGACGGUUCUGUGACUGCGAAAUUCGUGUCCCUAGGUGCGACCUUGACCGAGCUAUGGGUCAAGGAUCGUGAUGGCAAUCCCCGGGAUGUCGUCCUGGGUUACGACGACAAUUCGAAACUCCUGACCGAUCCGAACCACCCGUCAUUCAAUCCCAUCAUCGGACGUUAUGCCAACCGCAUCAAGAAUGGCACCUUCUCUAUACCAAUCACGAAGGACGCUCAGCCAGAUGGUCCCAAUGUAUACCAUAUUCCUACGAACGGUCAGCCGAAUGCUCUGCAUGGCGGGAAACUAGGCUGGGACCGGCGUAACUGGACAGUCAUCGACAAGUCUCCGACGCACGUCUCCUACCUUCAUUUCGAUCCCGCAGACGAAGGCUUCCCAGGAAAUGUGACUACCAUCGCCACGCAUACUGUCCACAAAGGCGGUAUCCUGGAGUCAAAGCUGUGGGCGAACGCCACGGAGAAGACACCCAUCAUGACUACGCAGCACGUGUACUGGAACCUCGACGCCUUUCAGAACAACAGCAGCGACAUAUUGUCGCACCAUCUCCAGAUCGCCGCCGACAAGGUCAUCGAGAUCGAUAGUAAUCAGGUGCCGACGGGCGGAUUCAUCAACGUGACGGGGACGCCGCUCGACUUCACCCAGGAGCAGCCCAUCAACGUGAAGUGGAACGAUACGUUCGACCUUUGCGGGCCGGAAUGCCAGGGAUACGACAACUGCUGGAUCUUUACCAACGCUACGGAUCGUGGCGCGAGGACUAGCCUCUGGAGCGAUGCGUCCGGCAUUCGAGUCGACAUAUCCUCCAACCAGCCCGCCACUCAAGUCUACACGUCCAACUGGCUUGAUAUCCCACGCAAGGUGGUGCAUGGCGGACCCGACGUGAAUUACACGAAGUGGUCGGCCGUAGCAAUUGAGCAGCAGGGGUACAUGGACGCCAUCAACACCCCGGAGUGGAACAUCGACCAGAUUCACGAACCUGGCAAAGACUUCUUCUGGGAAGUGAAGUACGAGUUUUCGACGGUUUGAUGAGGGAUUCGGCGAGAAAGAGUGGUCGAAGCUUGACACUUUAUGUGAACGCUAAUGAGAUUUGAAGUGAGUUAUUGGUUGACAAUGGUAUACACUUGAUGUCCGCGCACGUGAGAUGGCGUAUAUACCGCACACUCCCGGCCACAGGGGUAAUGUGGCGCAGCACUCCGACGUCCUCUAGCGCCUAUACUGGAUCGGACAUUGGGUGUUGCGUGACUCGUGCCGUCGGGCUGGCGGAGGUACCGCGUCGGUGACCAAGGUGCCACCACUUCAUCAGAGGGAUGCGCACUCUGCUAUAUGCGAAACCACACUUCAGGCUUCAAAGGGUGG